UUGCAUCUUCAUGUUCAGCUUUUAAACUGUCACUUCUUUUCUGUGGACUUUAGUGUUCAGACAGAAGCAGAAGGAGGUCCUUUGGGAUCAUGGACAAUCAAAACAAGGAUGGGGAUCCUGAUAGCAGAGAGUUGUAUGGGCUGAAGAUUUCAGAGUUAUUAAAGACUUUGGCUGAAAGGAAAUCACCAUCUUUUGACCCCCGAAACAUCAGCACCUCCCUCUGCACCCUGAAGAACACGGGGACAGGCUCUUCCAACACCAACGGGACCUUUAGAUCCAGAGCCGUCCUCCCUGAGAACAUCAAUCGGUUGUCCAAGUUUCGGUUUAAAAGGCGGGAUCACCUGAGAGAGAGUUUAGCUGCCUCAGUACCUGUUGCUGCACAGGCCUCAUCUCAGGAGGAACAACCCAGUUUACCAUCCUCAGAUCCUGUCAUCCAUCCACUCCUGGUAGAAGAGUCUCAGACGCUGCCCUCUGACUCAGUCUGCUGUACUGGAGAAGGGCUUUCAGAGCGAGAGAUGCAUCAUCACAUCCUGGGCGUGCAGGUUUCGACCAAACAUCAGUCCAGUGAACCACGGAGGACGCCGCCUCAACAGUUUCACCAAACAGGGCCAACCAGUGAAUGGUUCUUUGAGGACUUGACGGACCUCCAGGUGAAGCUGUUUCUAGGAGCCUCAAAGAAAUCCGGAGUCCGAAGGAACUCUCAGACAGCUGGAAAAACUACUCGCCACGACUAAUCGCAACCCACAUCUGUAACACUCAAGACAAAGACACUGAAAAGAUAAAAUCAAACUGAAACCAGCAGAGAGAUAUAACCUGUUUGUUUUUUACAGAUCUCAAGCAGAUAAAAAGAAAAUCUUAAAUGUUAGAUGGGUUUGAAGACAACAUGUCAAACAACAACAGCAUAAACAACAGAUGUCACCAUUGUUUUUGAACGUUUUAUCACCUCUUGUGUCACGCUGUGCAGUUGGCACAGUUUGCCACUUGCUACUUUGCAGCAGAGGCCAUGAAUGAGAGCUUUAAAAACUGUGUUUGUUGUGGGGAGAUCAAACUGUACUGUCACCACGACCCCCAGCUGCCUCCAUCGUUCAUUCAUUUUCAUUUUGGUUUGCAGAUAAGAAGUAGUCACUGUGCUUUCCCUGUUUUUAUAAUGAAUCAAUUGUUAUUGCGUAGCAUUUUUUAGCAGACUGGCAUGCAUAUUGAAACUCAGCAUGUGACAGCUGUUAUCUGAAACCAGAUCAAGCUCUGAUAGCAUCCCUGACCUUGUUACAUGUGGAAAAUAUUUUUAAAUUUCUGCCGAACAACACAGUCGCUGGACUCAAAUUAAUUCAUCAGACGGAACUUUAAUCAAAUUGAGAGGAAAUAGGGAUUUUUGUGACAUCGAAGUCUGAUUUAAAUAUAGAUUACACUCAGACUCUUCCACCGUUGGCUCAGCUGUAUUUAAAGGAACAGUGUGUAACAUUUCAGGGAUCUAUUAGCAGAAAUGGAAUAUUCAUAACUAAGUUUUCAUUAGUGUAUAAUCACCUGAAACUAAGAUUCGUUGUGUUUUUGUUAG